CAAAAUGGUGGUGUGUGUGGAGGUGGUGGCGUUGCUAAGGGGGCUGCUCUUUCUGUAUGCUUUACAUGCUCGAUUUGGGAAAGUGGAAAUAUGAUCACUGCUCCUGAUGUUGUGGCUCUUACCCAUGAAGAUGAGUACGGGGAACAGUAUAAUGAUGAUUCGAUGCCCCCUUUCCAAUUUCAAUCUGAAAAUCCCUGGUCCAAGACGGCCACGGCUAAAUUCGAGAAGGAUUUCAUUCUGAUUUCCGAGUUUUCCGAGCAGGUAGGCCCUCAGCCUUUGUUAACCAUCCCAGACAAUGCCCGCGGUAACUUUGAUCUCAACUAUUUCUCUCUCAGGAUCAUGUCUGUGGAUUAUCAAGCCUCCUUUGUCGGUCACCCCCCUGGUACCAGCUAUCCCAAGCUCAAUUUUGUCGAGGACUCCAAGGUGGUUCUCGGGGACUCCAAGGAAGGGGCUUUCGCCUACGUCCAUCAUUUGACUCUGUAUGAUUUGGAGGCUAGAGGGUUUGUAAGGCCAUUCUGUGUGGCUUACAUUUCUGCUGAUGAAAACAAGAUUAUGCAGCAGUUCCAGGAGCUAUCAGAUGAUUUUUCUAAAGCCUCGGAGUGUUUGAAAACUGGAAAUAGGAAGGCGUUUGCCAGUGAACUGGAAAAGAAACUUCAGGAUUUAGAGUACACACGAAAUGUGCUACACAAUGAAACAGAAAUCCAGAAACGAUCUAAUGAUAAAGGAUAUUACUCGUCUGUAGCAAUUGAAAAAGCCAAUGAAUUAGCCAAUGUGGAAAAGUGUAUAAUCGAACAUCAAGAUCUCUUAAUGCAAAUAAGAACUUACUCUCACAAAAAAACACAAGAUGCAGACUAUUUUUCCUAUGAACCUGAAUAUGGCAUGGAACAAUCUGAUGUUGGUUUGGAACAACUGUCAAACACUGAUGAAUUGUGUGAAAAAAAUAGCUUUUCUGAUAGAAGAUCUUACACACCCAAGUUCACAAGAGCUAAAUCGGCAAAAUGUUUUGAAAAAAAGUUGAAAACCUUAGAAGAACUUUGUGAUAGUUACUUUUUUAAUCAGACUCUGGAACAGCUUAAGCAGGUAGAGAAAUUCUUCAGAGGUGAUGUAUGCUAUUUGAUUACCAGUCAGAUUGAAAAAAAGCUGCUUCAACAUCAGCGGUUAACCUCCUUUCUAUUUGAAGACCCACUACUCUUCACUGAUGUAGAACAAACUGAAAAGCAACAACGCAGUGAUAAACUGCUUCCAGCUUUUAACAUUCUCAGUCCCAAGCUUUUAGUACACCCCUGCUUAUCAAAUGAAGCCACAAGCUUUGAAUCAUACAAGUCUUGUGUGGAGUCUGUGCCUAUUAAAUUGGAUCAGCAAGUCAAUGCAGAGAGUUACCAUGGGACAAUUGCAGAAUCUAUACCAUGUAAAAAUCCUCUAGCAUCUUCAGACUAUCUUGAAUUGGAAGGGAAAGAAAAAGGAAGUAUUAGUAGUGGUGAAAGCAUUGAAGUGCUCGGUACAGAAAAAUCCUGCCCAGCCCCAGUAUUUUCUAAGUCUGAGAGCCAAACAAACCUGCAAUGCCAACAUCCAGAAACUGGAAGGAGGAAAUUUGUAGUCACCAAGCGUACAAACAGUGAGGACAGCAUUGAAGUCCUCAGUACUACUGAAGCCCUGAUACCUGAAGAUUUCAAGGCCACCUACCCGAGUGCAAUAUAUGAAGAACCAGCUUUAGACAAUGAAGAAGAGAAACAGCUGAGCACUGAUCUUAUGCAGCCUGAUGCAAACCUGGACCACGGUAAUAGCUUCAGCAAGGCAGAUUUUGAAAAUACUAUAACUCUGCCUGUUUUACCUGAGGCUGUAGACUCUACUUGUUGUAUUGGGAAAGAGAGCCCCAGUUUUACUAAAUCAGUACCUACAUUUGUAACAGAAGAAUAUAAUGGAGUAGUCAAUGUUCCACCACAACGCAGUAAAACCAUGGAUCAAAUAUUCCACAGUGAUUUAUCACAGCAAGUUGAGGGAAAUGGAUUAUAUUGUGCUGAUGAUAGAGUAUUAUCUAACUGUGAAAAGCAGUACAAUGAUGUACCUGGCUUUGGAGAAACAGCUCAAAUUCCAGCUGAUGAGUAUUUGGAUAACAUGAGUUAUAUGAGUGCAUCAUUAUAUUCUGACAGGACUCCAUCUCCAGCCUUAUCAAACUGUCCAACAAAGAGACUUUCUGGAAAGCACAAGAAGCAGUCUGGGAAGAAUUCGCUGUGGUUUAUAAGACAAUAUUCUUUUGCACAACAGGCAAUUUUUUCUUUAUUGUCUGGCCGGACUCUUGUAAUAGUGGGUGAGCAAGAAGGAAAAGUCAAAAAGCUUGUCAAUGCUUUGUCAACAUUUGUCCCCCAUUGUGGCAGGGAUUCAGACUCUAUAAAGCAAUGGGUAACAUUUCCUUUGCAGAUCAACCAUUUACAGACCUGGAAACUCAUAGGACUUCAGAGAACAGCUUCUCCUCUGGGUACCAGUAUUUUGCACUCCUUGAAUCGGUACAGUCGCUACAUCAGCAUACUAGACUGUGACAACAAAACUCUGCGUUGCCCACAAUAUAAAGGACAGCUAAUCACCAGGCUGGCAGACCACAGGACUCAGAUAAAGCGGGGCAGCACAUAUUACAUGCAUGUCCACAAUAUGUUGACCCAACUGUGUUCCCAAGCGUUUCUCUACGCUUUCUGUCAUCAUCUGCACCUUCCCAUUGAUGAAAGAGAAACCGAAGAAUUAGUCACAUAUCGAAGGGUAAACUUUUUAAAGCACCACCUGGGCUUGACGAAUGAUGAUAGCAAGAUUGUACAAUACUUUGCAGAAUUGAUAAAGAUGCACUACCUACAUGAACCUGGAAAGGGCUUAAAUCCAGUUCUACGAUUUAACUACACCUCCAGUGGUGUGUUUAAGAUCUAGUUCUGCCACAUUCUCCAUUCAAUGCCGACAUUUUAAUUUGUACUUUGAUUACAGAGAAGCAUGAUCUAUUUCUGUUGGUUUUUCUUACAUUGCUGUACUGUCAUCUGCAUUGUGAAAAUUCAUCAGUCUGGCUAUGGCAGAUAAAGAAAGGUUCACCGUUUUCUAUUUGGUGUUUUAGUGAUGAGAUUAUAUAGUGCAUUUACAAAUCUGGUAAGCUGAAGUUUUUUUCAACCCAGUGUCCCAAGCUGUAUUUUUAAAACGUAGCAAGCUUGAGGAAGAAAAUCUCAGAUGAUGUAAUACACUGAGGGGAAUGGCAUGCUGCAGUUUCCUGAGUCCUAGAUUAAAUAAGAACCAAUAGUUUUGAAACUUGCUGUCUAAGUCUUUAGAUGUAUUCAUCAACAUAUUGAGUGAACAGGAAAAUUGAAUUCCAGGUCAAGGUGUUACUAACUGUAGUUCAGAUAAAGCACUACACCAAAUGGAGCUCUGAAACUGAAUAUCACUCUGUCAGAGGCCUCUGAGAUGUACUGGCUUGAGAUUGACAGAGCUGCUGGGUGAAUUUUAGGAGUCAAGCACAUGACAAAUAGUGGCUAAACUUUCAGAACAAUAUUCAACCUGUCUAUCAGAUUGUGUUUUGAAGAUUUUGCCGAGGAGGGGGGCUUGGAGGAGUAUACUGCCAGUUUGCCAAGUCAGCUGUAACUGAACAACAGUGACUUUGAACUGCCAAAUGUGACCUCUAGAUUAUAGUUGAGGUGUUGGUUGUGUUGAAGCAGUAGCAUAAUAACAAGAUUGUCUGUUGUUCUCCAGUAUAAAAUGUGAAAAAUAACUCUGUUAUAGUCCUGGAAAUAAAUUUAGCUUUUUUAAUAGGAUGUGGUAGAUUCCAUGUCUGAUACAAGGGUAAAGUGAUAAGGUUAAAUACCUCAUAGUAUUAUGGCAGUAGAUGCUUUUUCAUGAUGCAUGAUUUUAUGAUUGUUCAUUCAUUGUUGUCAACAAAUAUGAUCGAAAUCUCCUAAUCUUGUCUCCAGUAGCUUACACUGUGCCUGGAUCUGUAUGUAAUCUGCAUGCUGCCAGUAUGUGAGCAGAUCUCAUUCUGGAUUUGCAAUGCCAGCACCUGGCCAAGUUUCGCCAAUGGUAAAUGCUUAUUUAUUAGCAGCCCAUUCUUAGGAAUGGCAAGGAGAUAGAAUAGAAAUAAACUUAUUAACAUGUAAAUGUAAAGUUAGCCCAGCCACUUGAUUCAAUCCAGAGUGUUGCAAUACCCAUUUUUCUCCAUCAGCACUUUGAUUAGUUUCAGAGGGAAAUGAAAUGCUGCAUUGGGUUUGCAAAAGAUUUGCAUUUAAAAUGAAAAAUAGCUGUUUGUUUAGUUUUGUCAAUGGUUUCAUUCAACAUUUCAAUUGGGGGUGAAAAGUGCUCCAUUUCAAGAUGUGGUCACAUUGUAUAAAUGGAGGUUUUCACUUUGUUCAUUUGAAUACGCUAAGUGGAUGCCUCUAUAUACGGUGUUAUAAUGUUGGCUAAUUAGAGAAAAAGUUCUGGUUUGCUCUUCUAUUCCUUCAAGUAGAAUGAUUGAGGGCUGUGUACAGAUAUUUUUGCCCUCAUACUCGGGAAUGGCAUGCAACAAAUAUGGUCCUGAAAAGAAAAGAAGGAAAAUAAUGCUGCAUCGUUUUGCAUUCCAAAAAAUAAAGAAAAACCCUAAUCACAUUGACAGUAUGACUGACUAAUACAAAUCCCAAGUCUUUGAUCUGACUAGGCUGCCACAAACUGAAAUAAUACAACCCCCCCCCCCCCAUUAUUCCUUUUUAUGUAGAUCCAACAACCAAGAAAAGAGAAUUUUAGUAUCUACUUGGAUUUCAAAAGCAUUUUUGGAUCGUGUCCAAAUUUUGACUACUCAGCAGUUUCACAUUUUCAGAUCCUGUUUUGUUUGCUUGUUGCUCAGAUAAUACAGCACUUUAAGAAAGCUUGCAUGCAAAGCGUCCCUCAAAAGGGUUUCAGCAGAAUGCAAGCUGUUGUGAAAUAUAAUGUCAUGAAACUUAGCACCUUAACUUGGUUAUCAUGGUUAAAAAUGAACAGCCUACUCCAUUUUCCUUUUCCAGAUUCAACCAGAAGAAUGCUAGCUUUAUUAUUAAUUAUCUUCUGUCUCUGAAGUAUUUCAAUUGACUGUUUAAAUAUAAAAGUUUCAAACCUAAUAGGACAAUUAUUGCAUUGUUUUUAUUAAUUCUGUUCACAGGAAACAUAACUGAAAUAUCAGGUGCAUUUUGGACAUGUAGACUUUUUUUAUCACAGUUAACUAUAGACAAUCUCCUUUUCACUUUCACAAUGCCAGUCUUGCAGUCAAAUAUUAUUGCACACUAUAUGGGUGGUUAAAUAUGAACAAUUCCAACCAAAGAAUUUUCAUUUAUUAUCAUUUAGAAAACCUUGUGUUUUUUGUCUUAUUUUUCCCCUAUAGCUUCAUUUUGUUUCUCUCAAAGGCAGUUCAGGUCAUGCUUGACUGUUUGCUUAAUGAUCUUCCUUUUCAUCCUUUUUGUAGCCCACUCUUCAGUUGUGAAAAUAAGUAAUACGCACUGUCAGUCAAGAAUUGAGAAUAUGACAGCCAUGUCUGAACCUAUUCACACAAUAUGUAUUUGCCAGAAUAGUAAUUUAAAGGAAUCUCAACUGGUAACUUCCCUCCCAAUUCCAGUAGUAUUCAUGUCACUGCUGCCCUGGCUCAGAUUUAUUAACUUGGCACAUUCACAGGAUUGAAUCAAAGACCUUGUGAACCAUCUCAAUUGUUAGUGUAUUUUAAAGUUUUUAGUUCUGGCAUCCCGUAAUGCAAGUACAAAAUUGAGUUUUGUAAACUGGGUGACAUUGAGGAAAGGCAAGGAUUACAAUCCACUUCAAGACUCCCUGUCCAAUUAAAAAAAUUAGACUUUUUGAUGCAUUCAAAGUGUCAAGUUCUUUAAUUUCUGCAGCUUUUAUGUAUCUUUGUCUUAAUGUGGUGGCUGUACAAGUUUAAACCCCAAUCCAGAGGUGUCUAAUCUAAACUUCAUUACUAUAGUAGGUGCUGUGACAUGAUUGACAUGAUCAUGAAAUGAUGUCUGCCUUUCCAGCUGGAGAGCAGUUUUACUACCCUAGCCAACAUUUUAUCUUUCCAAUUAACAUCAAUAAAAGAGAUUACAUUCUCAUUGGUGUUUUCAGAACCUUGCUGUGCAGAGUCUGUUUUUCUGUAAGUGACUACACUUGAUAAGAUUGAACUGACUGUUGAACAUUGACACAUCCUGAGCUUGUAAAAGAUUCUGUAAAUAUAAAUUCUUCCUGUCACUGAGCAUUGAGUAAUGUCCCUCGGUAUCUGCAACAUUUGGGUAAUUCUAACAGUGUGCUGCAGGUGAGCAUUCUUUUCUGGAGGUCGAUAUCCUUAAGCUCUACUUUUACACUCUCUUCCUAUUUCCCUCCACCACCCAACCCAAAAAUACUCAAGCCUCUGAAUAAUAUAUUUUACCUACAAUGUUUCCUUUAUGAAAAUGUUCAAAAAAGUUGACCUUGCUUACUCACCUCUCCACUGAAACUAUUUUCUAAAAGAAAAUUGAGGUUUUUAUUAAUUUAUUGAUCCAUAUUUUAAUUCCCUUUCUCGUUAUAUUUAAGGAUGCACACUUGUUGGUUGCAGCCCUGUUUUGAGGAUUUGCCUGAGUAUUCAGACAUUGUUGUUCUGGCAAGAUGUUCAUUGAGGAAAAAUACUUCUGGAGUUUGGAGAUGUGCAACUGUUUCAAGCAAUUUAUGUAGGAUUGUCAAGAGUCAGAAUCCAGUUUUCCUAAUCACAACAUAGUUCUGAGAUGACAUCAUAAUAGUCCCUUAGUUUACACUCCAUGUACUUCGGAAUUACCUAGAAUAAUGUGCUCUAACAUUUUCAUAGUGCAACAUUAACUUGCACACAACAUUUUAGAAAGAGAAUUUGAAGAUGAAAUGGAACCUAUGUUUGAGAUCUCUCUGUCAUCUUGUCCUGGAGGCAUUUAUUUUUUAUUGGUUUAGGAGCUAUUGGUGCUUUCUGCAACUUCUCAGCUGUAUGUGAGCAAACUGAGAGUUGAAGCAUGAUACCUAGGUAUUAUCUGCCUCUGGUUUAGCAUAUCUCCCAGUCAGGAUCAUUAAUAUGCAGUUGGAAAUAGGAGUUCUCACCAGCACAGGAAUGUUAGUUCUGUUACUUUGUCAAUUCUCUCAAGUGGUGUGGAAAUAUGAGAUUAUUAAAAAUUGAUAUUAUUUAAUUAGACAUCUUCCUUUGUUUUGAGAAUUUAUUUUGUGUUCUGGAGCUGUGCAUUCUUUUUUUGUUGUUCCAAUGUCUGGAAUCUUCCAUUGCUGCUGAAUCCUUUCUAUACUACAAUAUAUAAUUUAUUACUUUGUCUUAUUUUCUUGUUUCCUAGUUCACCUUUUUAAAAAGUGAUAGAAAUUAAUAAAUUGCAUUUGAGCGAGCAGACCAUGCACCACCUGAUAAAUCAUGUAACUGUAUAAUCUGGCUGAGUACAAACCCUUUUGAGAUUCAUUAAAUUUAUUUGAAGUGCUGCAUUUUUGAUGCUGGUUAAUUCAUUUGAAUCUAAAUUUAAAAGCCCAAUGAAUGCAUUGAACAUUUCUAUAUCCAAUUUCUGUCAAAUCUGUUGGCUUACUGAGGAUUUGCUCUAAAUGUCUGGCAACAGCUAUAAUGCAAAAUGUGUAACUGCUCUGAAAGGAAGGGCUCAUGCCCGAAACGUCGAUUCUCCUGUUCCUUGGAUGCUGCCUGACCUGCUGUGCUUUUCCAGCAACACAUUUUCAGUAACUGCUCUGAAAGGCUGGCAUAUGAGUGAAUAGAAAGCAUCUAUUUGCUGAGCACAUUAACAUCCUACUAAACAAUGCAUGUUAACCAGCAUGGUGUAACAGAACUGACAGUUAAACUUGGCUCAGCACUAUACAAUUUUGCAUUGCUACAGUCUGAAAACAAAGUGUAUAAUUUUAAAAAGUACAUUUAAAGAUACCAUGGGUUUCUGUCAAAACUUAUUUUAGAAAGAAAAAUGUUUUUUUAGAAACAUUGUAAAUACAGUUGUUUGCACUAAUGCAUUGAUUGCCUUCUUAGCCCAACUCAGAACAACUUAAUGUAACUACCAUACAAAAAGCUCAUGUGUGACAUAAUCAGUCACUUAAGUAGUUAAUUACAACUUUUAUUUUAGUACAGGGGGUGAUUUGUUGAUUGAAUUGCGUUUUAUGUUUAUUUUUCUAAUACUUACCACCAGAAAUAUCAAUUUUCCUGGACACAAAGAUCAGUAAGUGGGAGCAGAAACCUUUUGGGUAUAUACAAAUCCAUGGUACUGAUGCAACUGAGCCAGGAGAAACUUGCCUACUGCAUUUUCCUGGGACAAUACUUAAGUGAGCAGCAUUCCAGAACAGAAAACUCAUGGUCAUGAAAAAGAGCAACUCAGUGUGAGUGCACUGAUCCAGCCUGUGGCAAAGAGAUAUAGAAAAUAUCCCAUUUCUUUUUAAAUAGCCUUUAGAGAUCUUUUGUCUUAGCAAGCCUUGGGAAUAGUCCAUUCAAUCUGCUAACGGUCAAAAGCAAUAUUAGACAAUGGAAGUAAUGUCUAAUGUGUAAGUCUGUGAGAUGCCCAAAUUGUGUCCAAAGCUGAGGUAGUACUAGAUUAUUUUCCAUUCUUUGAAUUUAUGUGGUGUAGUCCAACAUCAGUCGGCAUUGAAAGGUAACUUCUCCUGAAACACAAGUUCUCAGCCAGCUUAGACGUGUCUGGAUGCUAUUACUUACAGUAAUCAUUGCAUGCAGAAGCAUGAUAUUUUCAUUUGUUGAACAAUGUGAAUGUAAUUUGAAUUUUACCUUGUGUCCAGUAGCUGGUCAAAGAUGGCUGAAAUCUGUUUACAUAUGGGCAUAAACACCUCUGUAACUGUAUGAAUAGUAGUCAAUGUGCAUGAAGAAUCACUAGCUAAUAUGGGUUCCUUUUCCAGGGAUAGAAUGUAACAGUCUGAUUUUAUUUUAUUUCUGAAUUUUUUUCUAAUUGGCAAUUUGAGGAGACCAUCAGUCAUAUAUUUGAAACUGUAAUUAUGUUGUAUCAAACUGGACUCUGUUCCUUUUAACCCCAUCCUUUAAUUCCUUAUAUAUUUAAAAGGUACUUAGUAUUGUAAAUAAAAGUUAAAACAGAAAAUGCUGGAAAUACUCAGCAGGUCAGGGAACAUCUGUGAAGAAAGGAACAGUUGUAAUUUCAGUUUUACCUUUCAUCUGAACCUACUUAUAGAUAUGAAAUAUAAAGAUGAUUUGAUUUUUGCUAUUUGAAUUACUAUGUGGUUAUCACUGCAAUGUAUAUUUCAAUUUUAGAUUUGUAUUCAGCUGCUUGCAUUUUUAUUUUAUUUCUGGCCUCAUCUGUCAUACAUCUAGCUCUGGCUUCGAUUCUACACUCUUUCUCUCCUUAACUUGUAAUGUUACUCACUCUAAAUGAGUUGCAUUUUCCCCAGGCCCAAAAGUUCAACAAACCUUGCCAGCUGUCCAACACAACUGCUAGCCACUGAUUAUAGACCUCCCUCAUCAAUUUCUGAAUUCCAGCUGUCGUGACUUUGCUUUGCUGUCUAAUCAAGUGGGAGUUUAUGACUAGUGAAAACUCACCUAUUUAAAGGGAGAAAUAAGUCCCUCAGUAUCUGUAUUAAACAAAUCCUUCCCUCAUAAAAAUCUGAUUAAGCCAAAAAGAAACUGUCCACUUAAAAAGGAUAUAUUCGUCAGCUUCUAAAUGUGACCACAUAGCAGUUCCACACUUUAAUGUUUAGACGAGGUGGCCCCGAAGACAUGCUGUCCUCCCUUCAAUUACAUUGUCUCCCUGAAACAUCUAAUUCGUAAAGAUGUCUCCAAGCCUGUAGGGUUCAAACCCACUUCUCCUAGUUUCGGGAGCAUACCUAUAAUUGCAAAGUAACUGGAAUUCCCUGGAGGUAUGGAGUAUAGUUCAGAUGUAACUUUUUUUGUUUCCAAGACAGAGAUGGAACAUGUUAGAUCCUGAAACUUUACCCUGUUGACAAAACUUUAGUUUGCAAGGCUGUUGUGAUUGCAAUAAUGUUCAUUCAUCAGAAUAUGUGACUAUAAUAAAUUCAUGCAGUUACUGGAAGCAUUUGUUUUUAAUAAUGUUACAAUUUGCACUUUCUCGCUUAUUAAUUUUGCACAAAAUGAAUUGUUUUGAAAUGCCAAGUGUUGUCUCUUUUAUAAUUAUUUAUGUAACUGUCCUGGUUUCAGUUUGAAAGUUAUAUGUCUAUUUGAUUAUUGUUGUCUUAAAAUGUUGUGCCUUCCACUUGUAAUCAAUCACUCAAACAUUGUGUACCUUAAUAAAACGUUUUUGCAGCU